AUGCAAUAUCCUGUCUAUCCAUAUAUCGUUGCUAGUUACGAUAAUCCAAUACUUGAUUUACGCUCAUCAUCGAGUUAUCGUAAUCUCUCGAAGCCAAUAGCAAUACAAAAUGUUGACAAAGAAGAAAAAUUUAUUGAAGUUUAUAAUGCUUUAGAAGAAGCUCAAAAUGCUGCUCUAUUACAACCACAAGUUAAUGGUGAACAGAAUACAACAUCAUCGAUAUUUGGUCACCAAUCUAAUCCAUAUCAUUAUGCUUCAUUGUAUUCAAAUUCUGGCAUUGUUCUUCAUUAUCUUGUUCGUCUCUUGCCAUACACCAGAAUGUUUCUUGACUAUCAAGAUAGAAAUUUUGAUUGUGCUGAUCGAACAUUUCACGAUGUUAAAACAUCCUAUUGGUUAUCAUCAUUUGAAUCAACAUCCGAUUUUAAAGAAUUAAUACCAGAAUUUUAUUAUGUUCAUGAAUUUUUAGUCAAUAAACAAAAUUUUUAUUUUGGCAAUCGACAAAAUGGUAUGCAAGUAUCAGAUGUAACUGUGCCAACAUGGUCAAAACGAAAUGCUCGUUUAUUUGUAUGCGGUCUUCGACAAGCACUUGAAUCUGAUUAUGUAACUAAUCGUUUACAUCAAUGGAUCGAUCUUAUAUUUGGAUUUAAACAAGCAGGAAAAGCAGGUCUCGAUGCAAUUAAUAUAUAUCAUGCUGCUUGCUAUUAUGGUUUUCCAGUUGAAAAUAUCAACGAUAAAUUAAUACUAGACGCUUACUAUGGAAUUAUUCGUACAUAUGGUCAAGUGCCAAAACAAUUAUUUCUUCAACCACAUCCGCCAGUGAAUAGCAAUAGCUCGUCAUCAUCUUCAUCAUCAAACUCGAAUGCAAAUGAUAAACGUAAUAGUGAACGUAGUGUAUUUGAAUCAAAAUUACCCGCCGAAAGUAUUCACCGUCAAAUUAUUGGUAUUCGUUGGGGCGAUUUUGUUGGCUCGUACGAUAUGCCAUCACCGGAUUAUAUUAAAAGUCAUGAAUGUCUAGUACAAGUAUCAUCCUUUGUUGUACUUAAAUCGAAUUCCUACAUUCUUUGUUUACCGCCUUCAUCAAUAAUUGUACACAAUGAACAAAUAUCAAAUGAAUCAAUUAAUGAACAAAAUAAUUCAGCACAAUCAAAUUCAUUAACAAAUUCAUUAGAUGCAAUGGUUGCAUUAAAAUGGAAUACAUCCGAUGGUAUUGUGCGUUGUAGACAAUUGAAACAAAUAAAAAACUGGCACAAUUUUCUUGUACCUAUUGACGAUCAAGAUAAAAUCACAUGUUGCGUAUCAAUUGAUUAUCGACUUUUGUUUAUGGGUAAAACUUCUGGCCUAAUUGAAAUCUAUCGUAUUCAACGAAAUAAAAAUAUAUCAACUGGUAUGGAAUUAAUUAAACGCUAUUUACCAUUUAUUGCGCAUCGUUCACCGAUUACUUGUUUACAUGCUAAUAGACAAUUUAGUUUACUCAUUAGUGCAAGUGCAGAUGGAAUGUUAACAUUAUGGGAUACAAAUCGUCUAUCAUAUGUUCGAACAUAUAAACAAGACAAUCAAACAAUCUAUCAUUUAACAUCAUCAGAAACAACCGGUGAUAUAGCUUAUCUAUCAUCGAGUGGUAGCCAAUGGCAUUUAUCUUAUUUAACAUGUAAUUGUGAAUUAAUUCGUUGUUUAACAUUUUCUGAACAGUUAAAUUGUCUAUGUUUUACAUCGGCACCCGAAGGAACAUGCGUUAAUGUUCUUCUAGGUGGUUUCGAAAAUGGAAUUAUAUCAAUGUGGUCAACAUGGGAUUUAACAUUAUUACGUCAACUUGAUUUUCCGUCGUUGAAGUCACGUGCAAUCGUUGCAAUGUGUAUAUCAAAAUAUGAUCGACGUCGAUUAUAUGUGGUCGAUCGUGAUCGUCAAUUGCAUACUAUUGAAAGUCGUCUAUCAUCAUCGACAUCGACUGUUCAACCUACAAUUUUAUUUCUUUCUUAA